ACUGUUAUAACAGGCGGAAGUUGGUGAUCUCUGUAUAAACCGGCUGUGGUUCAGUCCUCAGUGCUGCUGUUUGGGGAAGAUGGCUGAAUACUCUGCGGUUCAGAAAGGUUCACUCAAGCUUAAAGGAGUUGGAGCCGUUUCAGCGGGGAAAAAGAAAAAGAAGAAGGACAAGGAGAGAAAGCAUCUGGAGGAGCAAGUGCUGACUGCUCAAAAUGAAGAAGAGGAGACCAAGAAAGUUUAUGUUGACAAAAGGACACCAGCCCAGUUAGCCUUCGACAAAAUACAGGAGAAAAGACAAAUGGAACGGAUUUUGAACAAAGCCUCCAAAACACACAAGCGGAGAGUUGAGGAGUUCAACAGACAUCUGGACACACUGACAGAGCAUUACGACAUUCCUAAAGUCAGCUGGACAAAAUAACGAGGAUCUCAUGAUGAUGAACAUCAGUGUGACGGUGGAUUUCAACCACAGAUGCCAUUUUAUUGUUGCUUCUUUUUUUUUUUGUUUUAUUAAACAAUCCCCCCCCCCCACAUCUGUGAAGUGUUUAUUGACUUUGCCACAUGUCUGCCGAUGCUCAUAUACACCAUGUUUCAUGUAUCACCAUGUACCAUUUGUUGUACUCUCUGCUUUAACUUGGUAGAAGGGCAUCCAUCGUGAUCAGUUUCUGAUUUGAAUUUGGGAAGAAGUUUGGAAGGAGUGUUAUGAUUAUUGUUUUCUAAGUUUCUCUAAAAAUGCCUGAUUCAUUGUACAUUUUUCACUUUACAAUUGCUAUUAGAGUUUUUGGAUGUAAAAUGUAAUAUUUAUACUUGCAGACUAAUAAACUGUAGUACCACACAGA